AUGAAGAGCUGUUUGCAUCCAUUGCUGAUCGAGUAAAUACUAGAUAUAUAUGUCCAUCAACAGGGCCUUAAAGUCACUUUUUGCAGCCGAACAAAAAUGCCAACACGGCAAUAACAACAAUAGCAACAAUAGCAGCAACAAAACUGAAAAAGCUUAUUUAAUAUAAAUACUUAUAAGAAAUACGCCUUUCGUAUCGUUAAACACAUAACACAAAACAGAACCAGCAGCCGCACAGCCCGCCUUACCCCCCACCCCUCCCCCACACUCCUCCCAAUCCCCAUACUCUCGAGCAGUGAGCAACCAUAUUGGAGAGUAUCGCACACGGAAUUGAGAUCAACAUCGGCAUCGGAAUCGGAAUCGGUGAACCAAAGAGCCAGAAUACAUAAUCAUCCAGCUACCGUUUGUGAGGCAAAUCGUGUUGAGCAUUUGUUGCUGUUGUUCUUGGUGUUGUUGUUGCUGUUGUUGUUGUUGUUGUUGUUGUUGCUGUUGCCAAAAUGAUGUUCACCCGGGCCCAAGUGCGCAAGCAGAAGGCAAGCAGCUCCAGCAGCAGCAGCAGCCAGCGACCACGCAGCUCUGGAGGCGGCUCCUCCUCACGUCACCUGGCCCAUGAUGUACGCUACAAGCAGAGCUCCUCCAGCAGCAGCGGCGCCGGCAGUGGCAGCGGGAUUAGCGGCACCAGUGCCAGCGGUACGCGACGUGAUCGUGACCGUGAACGGGAACGUGACUGUGAUGAUCACUACAACAGCCAUUAUCACUAUGGGAAGCAGCAUUCCUUUGAGCUACCACGCCAGCACUCCAAGGAGGAUGCCUAUAGCCGGGACAGAGAUCGAGAUCGCGACCGAGAUCGAGACAGAGAUCGGGAUAGAGAUCGAGAUCGGGAUAGAGAUCGAGAUCGAGAUAGGGAGAGUGCUGGUGGUGUCAGCAGUGGCUAUGUGGACAGACGCACCCGACCCCGCAGCAUCACAAAUCGACGUGGCGCCAUCAAACAUCAAAAAACACACGACAUCAAUGGCCAUCGCUUUGUGGCCAAGUUCUUUCGCACGCCCACAUUUUGUGCAUUUUGCAAUUUGUUUUUGUGGGGCUUUGGCAAGCAGGGCUAUCAGUGCAUAAUUUGCCAGACGGUCGUACACAAAAGGUGUCAUGAAAAGCUGCUUGGAAAGUGUUCCGGUUCCGUUUUCAACUCUGCCAGCACAAUUCUGCUGCGCGAACGCUUCAAGAUUGAUAUGCCACAUCGCUUCAAGCCGCACAUUUUUAUGUCGCCCACGUUUUGUGAUCAUUGUGGUUCGCUGAUGGGUGGCUUUUUCAUUCAGGGUCUCAAGUGCGAAGAAUGUGACGUGAAUUGUCACAAGAAAUGCGAACGGCUCACGGCCAAUUUAUGCGGCGUCAAUCAGAAACUCAUCGUCGAGGCGCUCAACCACGUAAAGCGAGGUGCCCAAGAGGCUAGAGACUCGCCUAGUACACCGCCCAGCUCGAAUCCUGCCUACAAGAUAGAGGCCAACGAUGAACAAGAUGAAACUUCAUAUACAUAUUCACAAUUCCAAAAAUCCGGACGUUUCACUGCGCCAGCAACAGUAAUACCUAGAUUUAAGAACUAUUCGGUAGAUGAUUUUCAUUUUCUGGCCGUACUUGGAAAGGGCAGCUUUGGCAAGGUGCUGCUGGCUGAGCUGCGGGAUACGACAUACUACUAUGCGAUCAAGUGCCUGAAAAAGGAUGUGGUGCUCGAGGACGAUGAUGUUGACUCCACGUUAAUUGAGCGCAAAGUUUUGGCAUUGGGCACCAAGCAUCCAUAUCUAUGUCAUCUAUUUUGUACAUUUCAAACCGAGAGUCACUUGUUCUUUGUGAUGGAGUAUCUAAAUGGCGGAGAUCUCAUGUUCCAUAUACAAGAAAGUGGACGUUUCUCGGAGGAGCGUGCCCGUUUCUAUGGUGCGGAGAUCAUAUCGGGUCUCAAGUUUCUACACAAAAAGGGCAUUAUAUACAGGGAUCUCAAAUUGGACAAUGUAUUGCUGGACUAUGAGGGCCAUGUGCGUAUUGCCGAUUUUGGUAUGUGCAAAUUGCAAAUAUAUUUGGAUAAGACGGCCGAUAGUUUUUGCGGCACACCCGAUUACAUGGCGCCCGAAAUCAUCAAGGGUGAAAAGUACAAUCAGAAUGUCGAUUGGUGGUCAUUUGGUGUGCUGCUCUACGAAAUGCUCAUCGGUCAAUCCCCAUUCAGCGGCUGCGAUGAGGACGAGCUCUUCUGGUCCAUAUGCAAUGAAAUUCCAUGGUUCCCUGUCUACAUAUCAGCCGAGGCAACCGGCAUCCUCAGAGGCCUCCUGGAAAAGGAUUAUACGAAACGUAUUGGAUCCCAAUACAGUCCAGCUGGUGAUAUAGCAGAUCAUUUAUUCUUCAGGCCCAUCGAGUGGAAUCUGCUGGAGAAACGGCAAAUUGAGCCGCCAUUUAAGCCACAAGUGAAACAUCCGCUGGAUACGCAAUAUUUCGAUCGAGUCUUCACCAGGGAAAGGGUUCGUUUGACCCCCAUCGAUAAGGAAAUACUCGCAUCUAUGGACCAGAAACAGUUUCAUGGCUUUACCUAUACAAAUCCGCACAUCACCCUGGACUAGAUUCACAUAUACUUAUAUAUAUAUAUAUAUCAAGUACAUUGAUGUGCUCCUUAGGCAAUGUGCUGGACAUAUACCAUAUAUAAUUAGCAUAUUUCUAUACAUAUUAUAUUACAAUAUACACAUAAUUGUAACCCAUGCCCCAAUUACUUAUUAGAGCAACAGUAUUUGUAUAUGUAU